AUGAGGAAGUCUUCAAUGGUAUUUCAUUUGCAAUAUAUAAACGAAGAAACUAUCCAUGAGCACAUCUUAGAACGUUAUAUUGAUCUGGGGUCACAUUCUGAUGAUCUAAAACAAGAUCUGGGUACUUUCAAUAAGAACGAACAUCUAUUGGAAAUAGACAUCGAACCUCCUGCAGCGGUGAAAAAACUGAAGAAGAGAAAAAAUAAGCCUCGUCAAGUACCCAGUGAUAGGUAUAAUUUCGUUAUAGAACAGUCUAUAACAAGCCUUUUCUCAUCAAGAGAUAAUUCAAAUUCUACUACAGGCUAUGUGCUUUGGUCCACAACACCAUUUUUCCUCAAAUGGCUUCUUUAUGACAAAAACGCAGAACCACUGAGGAGUGGUGGUGAUGUGGAGAUCUUAAAUGACCCCAAACGUCAAUGUUUGAAUAUUUCACCGCUGCUGUCCAAACCAAACUCUGGCGAUUCGAUGUGCGUCUUGGAGUUAGGAACAGGGGUAUCAGGCAUGUUACCAAUUGUUCUUAGUAACUACGUCGAUACAUUUGUCUGCACCGAUCAAAAAGGUAUAUUGAAUAAGCUGAAAUUCAAGUUGCAGGAAAAUUUAUUACAACUGAACAAACGGAAGUGCAUUUCAAAAUCAUUAGGCCUUCAUGAUGACGAAUUAGAAUCUACUAGUCCUAAAGUUAAACUAGAGAUAAUGCUACUAGAUUGGGAAAAUUUCAAAUUGAAAUCCAGUGGUAUUCUGUUAGAUACUUUGACUACUGCUAAGAGAAUUCACAUAAUCGCAAUGGAUGUGAUAUAUAACGAAUAUCUUAUUAACCCAUUCUUGAACACACUAAGCCAGUUGAUGGAAUAUUUCCAAGGCCACGAUAUGGAGGUACAUGCUCUCAUCGGCAUUCAUUUAAGAUCUGAAUGUGUCUUGACGGAAUUCCUAGAAAAGGCAAUCAUUGAAUAUGAACUUCCAGUUUAUCAUGUAUCUGAUUCAACAUUGAAAUGUACAAGGUUUAGCUUAUAUUAUCUAUAG